AUGGUGGUUUCAACAUUCCUGGACCCUUUUUUAAGGGUUCCUGUUCCUGGACUUUUCUUCUCCGAGACGAAGUGUCUUCUUCGUGUCAUCAUAUCUGGGUCUUUUGAAGCUUUAAGCAUGGCUGAGGAUUUAGAAAAUCCAUUGCUUGAUCCUGAUACUUUCAACAGACAAGGAAUCGACUUGGGUCUAGUGCCAUUGGAGGAAGUUUUCGAAUACCUGAGAACAUCGCCUCGGGGGCUUUUAUCUGGAGAUGCUGAAGAAAGAUUGAACAUCUUUGGUCCUAACAGACUUGAAGAGAAACAGGAGAACAAAUUUCUGAAAUUCCUAGGUUUUAUGUGGAAUCCACUGUCGUGGGUUAUGGAAGCUGCAGCAUUGAUGGCAAUCGCACUCGCAUAUAGUGAAAGCUUGGGUCCUGACUGGAAAGACUUUGUUGGAAUCGUUUGCCUUUUACUGAUCAACGCAACAAUCAGCUUCUUUGAAGAAAACAAUGCUGGGAAUGCUGCUGCAGCUCUUAUGGCUCGCUUGGCUCUAAGAACAAGAGUUCUUAGAGAUGGACAGUGGCAGGAGCAAGAUGCGUCUAUUUUGGUACCUGGUGAUAUAAUUAGCAUAAAGCUUGGGGAUAUCAUUCCUGCAGAUGCUCGUCUUCUUGAAGGAGACCCCUUGAAAAUUGAUCAGUCAGUGCUAACCGGAGAAUCGCUACCUGUGACCAAGAAAAAGGGUGAGCAAGUCUUUUCUGGUUCUACUUGUAAGCAAGGUGAAAUAGAAGCUGUUGUGAUAGCCACUGGUUCGAGCACAUUCUUUGGUAAAACAGCACGCUUGGUGGACAGUACAGAUUCAACUGGACAUUUACAGCAGGUUCUUACAUCAAUUGGAAACUUCUGCAUUUGCUCUAUUGCUGUUGGAAUGGUUCUUGAAAUCAUUGUCAUGUUCCCUGUACAACAUCGCUCCUAUAGAAUUGGGAUCAAUAACCUUCUUGUACUCCUGAUUGGAGGGAUACCCAUUGCCAUGCCCACUGUGCUAUCUGUCACGCUUGCCAUUGGAUCUCAUCGACUUUCUCAACAGGGUGCCAUUACGAAAAGGAUGACCGCAAUAGAGGAAAUGGCUGGGAUGGAUGUACUCUGCUGUGAUAAAACUGGAACACUUACCUUGAACACUCUUACUGUUGAUAAAAAUCUUAUUGAGGUUUUCGUUGACUACAUGGACAGGGACACAAUAUUGUUGCUUGCAGGACGAGCUUCACGACUAGAAAAUCAGGAUGCUAUAGAUGCAGCAAUUGUUAGCAUGCUUGCUGAUCCCAGAGAGGCACGUGCAAACAUUAAAGAAACCCAUUUCUUCCCAUUCAAUCCCGUGGACAAACGUACUGCAAUCACAUAUAUUGAUUCCGAUGGGAAAUGGUAUCGCGCUACCAAAGGAGCUCCUGAACAGGUUCUAAGCUUGUGUCAACAGAAAAAUGAGAUUGUGCAAAGAGUUUAUGCCAUCAUUGAUAGAUUUGCAGAAAAAGGUUUGAGGUCUCUUGCAGUUGCUUAUCAGGAAAUCCCAGAGAAAAGCAGCAAUAGUCCUGGAGGACCAUGGAGAUUCUGUGGUCUGUUGCCACUAUUUGAUCCUCCAAGGCAUGACAGCGCUGAAACCAUCCUUAGAGCUCUUAACCUUGGAGUUUGCGUUAAGAUGAUCACCGGUGAUCAAUUGGCGAUUGCAAAGGAGACAGGCAGACGUCUUGGGAUGGGAACCAACAUGUAUCCUUCUUCCUCUUUGUUAGGCCACAACAACGAUGAGCAUGAAGCCAUUCCACUGGAUGAGCUAAUUGAAAUGGCAGAUGGAUUUGCUGGAGUAUUCCCUGAACACAAGUAUGAGAUUGUAAAGAUUUUACAAGAAAAGAAGCAUGUGGUUGGAAUGACCGGAGAUGGAGUGAAUGAUGCUCCUGCUCUCAAAAAAGCUGACAUUGGAAUAGCUGUCGCGGAUUCAACAGAUGCCGCAAGAAAUUCUGCUGACAUAGUACUAACUGAACCUGGCUUAAGUGUAAUUAUCAGUGCUGUCUUGACCAGCAGAGCCAUUUUCCAGCGGAUGAAGAACUAUACAGUAUAUGCAGUCUCGAUCACCAUACGAAUAGUGCUUGGUUUUACACUUUUAGCGUUGAUAUGGGAAUAUGACUUUCCACCGUUCAUGGUUCUGAUAAUUGCAAUACUCAAUGACGGGACCAUCAUGACUAUUUCUAAAGAUCGAGUUAGGCCAUCUCCUACACCCGAGAGUUGGAAGCUCAGCCAGAUAUUUGCGACUGGAAUUGUCAUUGGAACAUACCUAGCAUUGGUCACCAUCCUGUUCUACUGGAUCAUUGUCUUUACCACCUUCUUCGAGAAACACUUCCAUGUAAAGUCAAUCGCCAACAACAGUGAGCAAGUCUCAUCCGCUGUGUAUCUCCAAGUGAGCAUCAUCAGUCAGGCACUCAUAUUUGUUACGCGUAGUCGAAGCUGGUCUUUUCUUGAACGUCCUGGGACUCUCCUGAUUUUCGCCUUCAUUGUUGCUCAGCUUGCAGCUACAUUAAUUGCAGUCUAUGCCAAUAUUAGCUUUGCUAACAUCACUGGCAUUGGAUGGGGAUGGGCAGGUGUUAUAUGGUUAUACAGUCUGAUAUUUUACAUACCUCUAGAUAUUAUAAAAUUUGUCUUUCACUACGCAAUGAGUGGAAAGGCUUGGAACCUCGUAUUGGACCGUAAGACAGCUUUUACUUAUAAGAAAGAUUAUGGGAAAGAUGAUGGAACGGCCAAUGUAACCAUCUCUCAGAGAAGUCGUUCUGCAGAAGAACUUAGUGGAAGUCGUUCUCGUGCUUCUUGGAUCGCUGAACAAACCAGGAGACGCGCAGAAAUCGCUAGGCUCGUAGAGGUACAUUCGGUGUCAAGGCAUUUAGAAUCAGUGAUGAAGCUCAAACAAAUUGACCCAAAGAUGAUACGUGCAGCUCAUACCGUCUAA